CAAAGAACACCGGCGGUAGCAUAUAGACCACCAACGGAGACAUCUUCCUGCAGGGUAUGUUGCUGACGGUUCAGCAGGAAAGCACCUCCAACAGAAGUCCAUGGAAAUCCCACCAAGACCAUUCCCCCACCUCCCUCAAUCUGAUACUUCACGAUCGGUAUUUACCAUUACUAUAAAGAACAGGAACUCUGCCAAUAUCGUGCGACGCAGCAGUACCCACGCCAUGUGUAUGCCCAGCCCAAACCAAUCUUCCAUAAAGCACCUCUACACUCAGAUCCUCGCAGCCAUUACCCCCACACACGUACAGGGAGCACAGCCAGCCACAUUCUGCAAUCCUAAUCUAACCUCGCACUUCCCCACCCACUGCUCGGAUAGCACCCUUACUUGGAUGAGCCUGAGCAUACACAGCAGGCUUUCCUCGAGCCAAUUACCCCGCGUUGUCACUGACUCACACACGAUGAUUACCCAACCACGAAACUCAUUAUCUAGCUCAGGUAUCCCAAUUUGUAUCGCCAAUUGGUCCAGCGCCACCUCCCUAGCACCUGCCGUGUUACUAUCCGCUGCCCACCACUACGGAAAUAGCUCGGCACCGCUAAUAUAUAGCGAUGACUGAAAGUAAGACUUAUGGCAGUAACCGAUUAUCGAGAUAUAUAAGAGAGUCGCCGAGACAAUGCCCUAUCCUGAGGCCUCGAAUGAAGAAGAGAAGUCUUAAGAGCUUCUUGUCUACCUCUCGAGGCUGGCGCACGGUGUCUAUCCGCACCAAGGUCUGCCGAGCGCCAACGAUCAGAAACACCCCAUACAAAGUCAUGAAAAGCCUCGGGAGCGGUAAAGGGUGGGCAAGUGGGCCACAAAUAAGAACAAAGUAUCAAAGAAAUCCAUGGAUCUCCAACUCAAUUCUUAUACCCUAUCUUACAACCGGCAUA